GCUGUGCACGGUGACCACAGGUGGCACGGGGAGUGUGCCAGGCACCUCUCUGAGUUCGGAACAGCCUGCCCGGGGCACAGCCGCAUAAUGUAGGAGGUGUGUGUUUUCAGCAUUGGAAAGGAUGCCAGCCCCAGAGACCACUUAUGAAAGAAUCGUGUACAAAAGUCCCUCCGAGUACCACUACAUGAAAGUCCGCCUAGAAUUUCAAGAACACGGAGUUGGACUGAAUGCUGCACAGUUCAAACAGCUGCUGGUCUCAGCCCUGAAGGACUUGUUUGGGGAGGUCGGUGCGGCCUCGCCCGUGGAUGUUCUAACCUACGAAGAAAAGACCUUGCUGGCUGUCUUGAGAGUGCGUAGCAGUGAUCUUGUUAAACUGUGGAGCUCUUUGACCAUGUUGGGAUCCUAUAAAAGCAGGAAGUGUGCCUUCCGAGUGAUGCAGGUUUCUCCAUUUCUCCUGGCCUUAUCUGGUAAUAGUAGGGAACUAGUAUUGGACUGAACUGUCAAGUAGAAACACUUUUCUUCCCACCUCCAAAUAUUGUUCGUUGCCUGCCUUUUGUCUAAAG